GACGUUUUAAACGGAGAGUGUACCAGGCGCUGCACUAGGCUACGCUCAAACUUUCAUGACUACAGACCUUUAGCUUCACUUGAUCAUACGCUUUCGAGUGACUGACGACGAACAUGACGAACUGGGACCCAACUGCAACUAAAGUCUUACUGCGGUCGACAUCGCAGCGUCUUGGUCAAAUUCAAGAGAGAAUAGACUCUCAAGGACAAAUCACCCGACGCGACAUUGCAACACUAUUGCAACAGAACAAUACUGCUCUUGCACGCGCCAAAGCACAGAAUCUCAUACAAGAUGAUGCGAAGGGCGACUUAUUGGAAGUGGUGGAAAUGUACGUCAGCACGGUCAUUGAGCAUCUUGGCGAGUUGGACGAAGGGCGUUUACCAAGCCCCGUCCUUACAGAGGCUGCAGCCUCCAUCAUAGCUGCAGCUCCCAGUGUUAGUAUUAAGGAACUCAACGUCGUUCGGGAUAUGUUAAUUCAGCGCAUGCAUCAUCAUUUUUCUAGUUCACCCAAUAUCCUUGAAAAACACGUCCCUUUGCGUGUCAUGCAAUUACUACACUCCCCAACCCCCUCUGCGUCCAAGAUGAAUGACUGUCUGACAAAUGUAUCAAAGGUGUAUCAUGUAAACUGGGCCGCAGAACCUCCCCGGCAGGAUAUCUUGAAUAUGAUCUCUGAAAUUUUAGAUUCACAAGGUUCACCCAUUGUUGACUUACCUCGUCUGCGGAGGCUAUGUUCGCAAGGGUUGCCCGAUGAACCUCCAUGGCUUAGGCCUAGGAUAUGGAAACUUUUACUGGGAACAGUCCCAGUCUUGAAGUCAACAUGGCAAAAAGAAAAUCGGAAACAGCGAGACAGCUACUACGAUCUCGUUCGCCGUUUGUUACCAACACUUUAUGACCUGCCAGCGCCCACGAAGCCGCUGAGCAACAUAGAUACGACGCUAAUGAAAAUAUCCGAAUCUCUAUUUCGUCUUCCCCCUGGACUCUUCGACACGCUUGAUAGCGGCCCAAACUGUCCAAUUAUGUCACCAUUAGAUGAAAAUACUGAUGAGACUGAAAGGAUUGGGUGCGCUCAUCUUCUUGAUGCACGACUACAGAUCCUCCACGGACAAAUUUCAGCAUCGAAACCUGCAGGUAUUCCCGAAAUUCGCCUAGAGCCUGACGCUAGCACACUCGAGUUGUCACAAUUGCCGAGCUCGGAUUCCAUUGCAUCCCGUAGACCAGGGGCACCCACCACAUUAUUACAUGCUGGACCGUUCGGUGGUGCCAGCGCGCAUCCACAGCACAUCUCAGCCCUCCUCCGUCUGUUAUAUCUGCAUUCAUGUAUAAAUCCAGCAAACCAAUCUCCAGACAUUCCUUCCUUACUUGUGCCGUUGUACGCUGUUCUUGUCAAGGAGGUGGAACCGGAAGAGUUAGCCCACGCUGAAGCAGAUACAUUCUGGUUAUUCGAAGCUCUUGUCGGGGAAUUUUCUGACCUGGCGGAUCAGGAGGGUGGUAAAGUUUGGAUGAAGAAGUUCAGCGAUCGAUUAGCACAAGCCGACGGAGAACUUGCUGCGAGUUUGCACACCAAAGGCUUGGAUCCCAUGCUUCCACAUUACUCCUAUCGCUGGCUCGCACCUCUCUUGUCGCAAACACUUCCUCUUACUUCUCUCCUACCUGUAUGGGAUGUGCUUUUCUCGUACCCAAUGAGAACUCGAGACGAGAACCAUAAACUCGAUGCCCUCGUUGAUAUCUGCACAAGUCUUCUGAUCCGUGCGCGUGCGCCGCUUUUUAGACUUGCAAAGCCUGGAGGUAAGUCUCCGGGACUGUGGGCUGAAGAGCAUGCUACCAUUCGUCCUUCUUCUCCGCUUCGACCAUGGGAGCUCAGCGAUGCUUUUCUCGAGGGCAUUGCUCUUUUGCAAUCCUAUCCGAUUGAUGCGGCUGGUGGUAUCGACCGAGUCUUGCAAACUGCACACGAUUUGGCCCAAAGGCGUAUCGAGGAAAAUAGACUUUUGAAGUCGGAUAAUGUUACCCUCGGUGCUCGGAUCAAAGCCACCAUGUGGAAGGGGUUUACAAACCAAGUCGCUAAUACUGAUAGCGGGGAAGAGGAGGAAGAGGGGGAAGAGGAAGACUCGAGUUCGGAUGAAGAGGACUCCCAUGAAGACGGAAAUGAGACAGAAACUCCAGCUGCUCCAACUCUGACUUCGCGUCUUGCCAAUACGGUUUGGAGAGGGAUUACCAACCAAAGCUCUAUGGACGAUUCACCAUCUCCACCAUCUCCAAUUUCCCCGCUGCGACCACAGUCACCACCGCUUCCUCAUCCUCCUCAGAGCCCCCCAGAGCAAAUCACCUCAAACCCACCUCUAAGCCCACCGCCUGCAAGUAUUUGGGGUUAUGCUGGAAAACUCAAAGACUCUGACACCGUUGCGGCUUUCGCAAAACGAUGGAUGCAGUGGGGCAGUCGACGCAAUAGCUUGACAUCGAAUGGAGAUGCAUCAUCACCAGUGAUCACCAAAUCUGAGUUACCACCCUCAAUUCCGGACAAGUGGUCACCAGUGAGAGAUGGUGCUAGCCAUUCUAGAGAUGGGAGUGGAGGGAGUUCGCUUCCUGGUAGCAGUCGAGGGACCACUUUUGAAGAGCCCCCUCGCCCCGCAUUCUUUCGAUCGCCACGAGACAGCUUUUUGCCACUGCCGCGCAGAGGAAUUUACACUGCCCCUCCGAGCCCAGAAGUCCGACCUCAACGGGAAGAUAACUUCAUACAUAAGGCGCAGGCCUCUCUGGCAUCCUUGGCUGCUCUAAACUCGCGCACCGCAACCUCACGUACAUCAGCCCCACAACAAUCUCCCAGGGGUCCGCCACGUCCUCUUCUACUCAAUUCAAGCUCUUUGAUCACCGCGAAACCUCCGUCGGCCGCGCACUCGGAUGGCGGGAUGCCAGUCAGACGACAUGGCGAUUGGAUGGAUGUCACGCGCAGCAAAGGACAUGGACUGCGCACUGACUCGGUGUCUUCGGUUUCAUCGCUGUCGCCUUCUGAUGCCCUCAGCAGACCACACUCGAAACCAAGCAUAGGCUCCAGAUCUGACAUCGAAUCUGAUGGCAAAAGUCGGAAGGUGGCACUAAACCGCAAGUCGGUAUCGCCAAUGGCACCCGCGUCCCGCGCGCUGCGAGGACCUUGGGCAACUUCUCCUUUAAGCGUAUCUGAUGCAACGGCGCGCGAUCCACCAAGGGCUGGCGUGCACAUUGGCGUGCCCCCGCUGAUUCACCCACAACGGUAUCAGUCUCCGCCUAUUCCUCCGACACCUAUUACCAUAGUUCAUAUCGAAGCAGGGAAGGUACGGGUGAAUAGUGAAAGUCGGCAGAGUUCUUUUAGCGAAGAUAGUAUACCUCUGAGGUCACCCACACCAAGCAAGGUUUUACUACGAAAAAAGACUCCACCACCUCUACAAGAUACGGACAAUUCUGACUCGCAGGACUGGACACCCAGGAAUCCCCAUGUGCGCUCGAAGCGUCACCAUCCAAAACUACCCAGCCUGCGAACUCGGGACGCCAACCUCCGGCCUACUUCUGUGGCUGAGCACAAGAACGUGAGCCCAAACUCACUCGCUCCUCCAGAGUGGCCCGAGGAGCAAGAGAUAGUCAUGACACCUCGUGCUCCUGAAUUUGGUUCCACCACAUCAACAUCGCCGAAUUUGUCGUCGCAUUCUCCACGUCCUAGGCGGAAGGCGUCUGCAGAUACGGUGGGGCGUUCACGGAAAAUCUCGGGGGAAUCGGUUGUCCGGCUUAGUAGAUCUUCCUUCCAUGAGGCGCGGGAAACUAGAGAUAGUGCUGCAGAAGAAGGGGACGACGAAGGCUACGAUGACAUUCUGAGCGCAUAUGAGAGUGAGGCAGGGAGUAAGGAGUAG